AUGGAAAACACCUCUCCUGGGGCAGGGGCUGACGGGUCCCACCAGUCUGGUUCGGACGCGUCUUCGGCACGGAAUGGUACUUCCUUCAGUGCAUCAUUGACCCUCGGCCACCCCUUCACCAACCUCGACCCAUUCCAUUCACCUUCCCAACCGCGACGCACGAACGGACACUCCCGACACGAACUCAAAGUCUCCCCGAAGGCCGUUCCGCGACAUCAAAACGGCACCCGGGACACGGACGCAGGUUGGGGGAAAUCCCCGGCCCCGCAGGCCGUGCCACGCGUGAAUGCAGACGCUGUGCAGCACGAGCAAUCCAAUACAUGGAUAGCUCCGGAGAGUUGGGCGGUGGACGGCGAACCUCGUCCAGACAAACCGGACGGCUCGGCCGAUUCGGACGGGGAGGACACUCAGAUUUCGACAAUCAUCGCAGAGAAUACCUAUCAUAUCCGGAUCUACCGCUCUGACAACACGAGUCACAACAUCUCUGUCUCGAACGUCAACUUGACAGUCGACGAUAUCAAAGGCCAUCUCAACGAGAAAUUGCUGCUCGAAGCCGACCCCAAAGCGCACAGUUUGAUCUUCAGGGAGCGUGGCAGGGAACGUGUUUUGGCCUCGACGGAGAGGCCGGCGGAUAUAGUGCGCCGCCGACUGCUGCAAGCGGGUUAUGAAGAGUCGGAUGGGUUGAACACGAUUGGGAGUGGAGAUAUCCGGUUCCUCCUCAAGUUCAUCUACAGAAGUGCUGUCUUAGGCAUCGGGAAAGAGAUGGAGUUCGAUGACUACACUGUCGUCGACCUUACGGGGAAAGGUCUCAACGCGGUACCACCCAGCUUGUACCUCCAAGGCGCAGCUAUUGUUUCGCUGAACCUAUCCCGUAACCCUAUGCUGGAGGUUCCCCUCGACUUCAUCCAGUACACCACGUCCCUUCAAGAGCUCCGAAUGUCUCACAUGGCGCUGAAGCGAGUCCCUCCAAGCGUGCAUCACUGCAAGAGCCUCCAGCGCCUUGACUUGGCGUGCAACCGCAUCGGGGACCUUGGAGAUGCAGGUCUUGCAGAUCUUCCGGAGCUCUCACAUCUCAGGCUAGAGAACAACCGCAUAGAUAAACUCCCCCCGUACUUCUACCGGUUACGCCAGCUGCGAGACCUGAAUAUCUCGAACAACAAGUUCGACCACCUCCCCCCCAGCAUUUACGAGCUGCGCAAUCUCCGUCAUCUGGACGCAUCGUUCAACACGAUCUCGGAGAUCUCAGCCAGGAUCGGUCAACUAGCAGAACUCGACUCGCUGACGAUCAUUGGCAAUCGAGUGUCAAGGUUACCGGUUGAGUUCGCUCUCCUCAAAAACCUGCGAUUCCUCGACUGUCGACGUAACAACAUCACGGAUAUAUCGAUAGUCUGCACACUCCCAAACAUCGAACAGCUCUUCACGGAUCAUAACUCCACACAUGCUUUGGACGUGUCAUUUGGCCCCGCCCUCAAACAGCUCGACACUUCUCAUAACGACAUCACUCAACUCAACCUUAUCCCUGGACCACUCGGAUCACCUUACGCCCUCACUACUCUCGACCUUUCCCAUGCGAAGCUCUCCUCGCUAGACGAUCUCGCUCUCUCCCAGCUUUCCGUUCUGCAGGUUCUCGACAUCGACCACAAUUCCAUCCGUUCCCUCCCGGAUAGCCUCUGCAGCUUGACCCGGCUCAAGUAUUUGUCGUGCUCCAACAACCACUUGUUCAAGCUACCGGCGCAGUUGGGGAAUUUACAGUUCCUGGAAGUUCUCGAGGCGCACAACAAUGACCUUUCCGAAAUUCCCAUGAGCCUAUGGCACUGUUCGUCCCUCGAGGUCCUCAACGUCACGUCGAACGUGAUCAGCACAUGGAGUCUACCGCUUGGCUCCAUCGAUUUGGAUGUCGCCAACGCUUCCCUGUUGGGCAGUUCCAUCAGCCUGAUUUCGGAGAGGAAGUCGUCGAACUGUUCCUUGACUGAGUCGUCCCUCCCCGCCCUGGUCUCGAAGCUGAAGAAGCUGUAUGUCGGUGAGAACAGCUUGACGGCAGACAGCCUACCUCCCUUGGCGCUCCUCAGGGAACUCCGAAUCCUCAACCUGUCCUUCAACAAUAUCCAGCAACUGCCAAGCAGCUUUUUCCGCAACCUCACCCGCCUUCGCGAGCUCUACGUGAGCGGGAACAACAUCUCCGCCAUCCCGACAGAGCACCUGCAGCACAUGACGAAACUCGAGGUGCUCUUCCUGAACGGAAACCGGUUACAGACCCUACCUCGAGAAAUCAGCAAGCUGACGAGCCUGUCGGUGAUGGACGUCGGGAGCAACUCGUUGAAGUACAACAUCAACAAUUGGGAGUUUGACUGGAAUUGGAAUUUCAACACCAACCUGCGGUACCUGAACCUCUCUGGGAACAAGCGACUGGAGAUCAAGCCGAACGGCACCAAGCAGAGUCAGCCAAAGAAGAAGAAUCCCCGUCUGGAUUUCGAUCCUCCCGAUCCUGCUGAGCUCUCCCAGCUGUCCGGAUUUUCCAACCUCACCCAGCUGCGCAUUCUCGGUCUAAUGGAUGUCACCAUCAGCACCCAGGCGAACAUCCCAGAGGAGUCCGACGACCGCAGGGUGCGGACCUCCAUGGCGGACGUCAACGGCAUGGCCUAUGGUAUCGCCGACACGCUCGGGUUGACGGAGCAUCUCACCAUGAUCGAUCUCGUGGCUCCACACUUCCGAGGUCAACAUAACGAGGCCGUCUUCGCUAUGUUCGGGCGCGCGUCCCACAUCGCCAGCAACAACCGACUCACGAAGUUCCUUCACGAUCACUUUCUCGACAUCUUCCAGACGGAACUGUACAAGCUGGGAAGGCGCCUCCCGGGAGGGGUCUGCGACGCCCUGCGCAGGUCAUUCCUCGAUCUCAACAGGCAACUCUACGACCAUCUGUACUCUACAAACGCACGGAAAAUGUCGAGGAGUACGUCGGGGACCACGAUACUACCGACCGUGAAGGAAAGAAUCGGCGCUUCGGGGAUCGUGCUGUACUUGGUGGACAAGACGUUGUACAUCGCGAACGCGGGGAACGCACUCGCCGUCAUUUCGAAGCAGGGCAUCGCGUACCUCGUGUCUCAUAAGCAUGACCCCUUCGACCGCGACGAGACCGCGCGGAUACGGCAGGCGGAGGGUUGGGUCUCCCCGAAAGGGCUCGUCAACGACGAGAUCGACGUCUCGCGCUCGUUCGGCUUCUUCAACCUCCUCCCCGUGGUCAACGCAAAGCCGUUCACGAUGAAAUACGACCUCUCAUCCGCAGACGAAUUCGUCAUCGUCGGCAACCGCGCCCUGUGGGACCACAUCUCGUACCAGACAGCGGUCGACAUCGCGCGCAAGGAGCGGGACCCUAUGAUCGCUGCGCAGAAGCUCCGGGACUUCGCCAUCUGCUACGGUGCGGAGGGCACGACCAUGAUCAUGAUCAUCAAGGUUUCCGACCUCUUCAACCGCUCGCUGCCCCGCGACCCCCAGUUCUCCCCGGAACCGAUCAUCCCAGCGGAAGUGUACGACGCCCUGCGGAAGAAGAAGCCGAUCACCAGUCGAGAGGUGUCGCGCCUCGAAGACGAGGUCAUGGCGCCGACCGGACACGUCGCACUCGUCUUCACGGACAUCCGGAACUCGACGCACCUGUGGGAGGUCAACCCUGGGAUGCAGUCCGCGAUGGUGCUCCACAACAACCUUCUGCGGCGGCAGCUGCGGUUGUGCGGCGGGUACGAGGUCAAGACCGAAGGAGACGCGUUCAUGUGCUCCUUCUCGACCACGACCGCCGCGGUGCGUUGGUGCAUGAGCGUGCAGAAGCUGCUCCUCGAGCUCCCUUGGCCCCUGGAGCUCCUCGAGUGCGAGGACGGGAAGGAGGUCUACGACUCCAAAGGCCGCCUCAUCUGCCGAGGGCUGUCUGUGCGCAUGGGCAUCCACUGUGGCCAGCCGGUGUGCGAACCCGACCCGGUCACGGAGCGCAUGGACUACUUCGGGCCCAUGGUCAACCGCGCGGCGCGCGUGAACGCGGUCGCGGCGGGCGGCCAGAUCAUGUGCAGCGCAGACGUCGUCAAGGAGAUCAACGCGAGCGUACUCGGUUCGCAGUCCCCAACCGAGUACACGCACCUCCAGCCCGUGCGCGCGGUGGAGGAGAUCCGGGAGAUGGGCGUGCAGCUGUACCCGAUCGGCGACAUGAAGCUCAAGGGCCUCGAGGUGCCCGAGUACCUCAACGUGCUCUACCCCGUCGAGCUCGCCGGCCGGUACAUGAUCGACCAGUUCGACGCGGUCCCGACCGCGUCCGACUCCCGCGUUCAGUUCCGCGUCGAGCAGAUGCGCGAGCUCGGCAUCCUCUGCGUCCGACUCGAGACGCUCGCGAACUCGCAGAUCUUCCGGCCCGCGACUGGCCGCAAGGGCAGCGUCGCGUCCACGAUCGGCGGGGACGGCGCGGCGCAGCAGCCGACGGCGGACUCGUUGCUGGUCGUCUACCAGGACCCGAACCUGUACUUGCCCGUGAUGGACGAGACGUCGACGGACGCGCAGCUCACCACCGUCCUGCACUCGCUCUCGCUCCGGAUCGACAACGCGCUCUCGAAGCUCGCGCUCCUCCACAUCGUCAAGUCCGAGACGGCCGUCGGCGGACCCGACCUCUCGCUCCGGGACCACAUGCUCUCCAUCCUCCGCCCGUCCGUGUACCCUCUGGACGAAUGCGCGCCGCCACCGUCAUCCUCUUCCGUCGACUCGCUCGGCUCCCCUUCCUCCUCUUCCUCAGACACUGUGGUGUAA